AUGCUCGCACCACUCGUUACUGAUCCUUCUUCUCUCCGCCAUGGUCAUGAACCACUUUUCCUCAAGACACCGGCAAGUCUUGAUCACACGCUGACAAUGCCGGCCAGUGCGGAGCCAAAUUCGGGGUCGACUCCUACGACAGCGUCCGACAAUGACGAUACAGCGUGGAGUCGCGAUGUCUGGCUUCUUUUGGCAGCUCGAUUUGUGCGAAUGUCGGCCUUUGGGUCGUCAUCGCUGGUGCUCGCGCUCUUCUUAUCCGCGCUUGGACAAACGCCCGUCCAGGUCGGUCGGUUCUUGACGCUGACGCUGAUCGGCGACUUCCUGCUUUCCCUCUUGCUCACCUUUGUCGCCGACUCGGUGCUUGGUCGACGAAACACGCUUCGUCUCGGCGCCCUCUCCAUGCUCCUCUCUGGCUUGGUGUUUGCGACCACAACCAAUGUCGACUACCUGCUACCAGCAGCUAUAUUCGGUGUUAUUAGUCCAUCCGGCGGAGAGAUCGGUCCCUUCAGAGCAGUGGAGCAGAGCAUUCUGGCAACGCUAGUCGAUAAACAGCACAGACCCGCACUGUUUGGCUGGUAUGUCGUUACAGGCGCAUAUGCUGCUAGUUUGGCAACAGGGCUAGGCGGGUUGCUUAACAGGUUCGUACAAGGUGGCAGCAAGGAAUCAUCGAUGGUAUAUUAUAGGGGUGUCUUUGUCUGGUAUGCCUUGAUGGGAUUGAUCAAGUUGCUGCUCUCUUUAUCGCUCAGUCAGCGCUGCGAGGCGGCGACAUUCCGAAACGCUCCUUCACCUUCGGCAUCGAGUCAGUCUCAGACCGAGGCCAGCGAACGAGAUCCGUUGCUUCCCGGCUCAAACACGUCCGCUACAACAGAGCACGAAGAGCAAGGCUUCAGCCACGCUCGAUUCACACUUCUCUGCUCGCUCUUUGCUAUCGAUUCUCUCGGAAGCGGUAUGGCAUCGCAGACGCUCACAUCCUGGUUCCUGUCACGCAAAUUCAACGCAGAGCUUGCGUCGCUCGGUGGCAUCCUUUCGCUAGCAUUGCUCGUCUCGGCUACGUCCAAUCUCUUCUCCGCGCGUCUCGCCAAUCGCCUCGGACUCGUACCCACCAUGGUGUUCACGCACCUUCCAGCCAACAUCUUUCUCGCCAUGACUCCGCUUCCGUCCAGCUUGGGUCUCACUUCAGCAAUGAUCGUGGCAAGAGCAGCGACAUCGUCCAUGGACCAAGCUCCGCGUUCGGCCUUCCUGUCUGCGUUCGUGCCAGAUCAUCAAAGGACUAGGGUGCUUGGUUUGGUCAACACGGUGCAGACACUGGCGCAAUCAGCUGGGCCAUCGCUCACAGGCUGGUUUGCUGAUAUGGGAAGCAUGGGCUGGGCCUUCCACAUGGCUGGUUUGCUCAAGAUUGGAUACGACCUGGGUCUGCUAGCAGCUUUCUCUGCUGUCAACUAG